UCAUAAUUAAACAACAUCAUUGAAACUCAUAUCAUCUUCAUUAACACGCACACGCUCUCCAUUUCCUAGCCUAAUAGGGAAAGGAAAGGAGAGGGAGGAAGGGGUCCAAGCUUAGGUUACUAGGGCUUCGAAAUACGAAAUUUGGGAACUCGAUUUCGCGAUUUUCGAUUUGUAUCUUGUAGACCUGUUGCGGUAAGCAGUGUAGGAUUUAGGUCAAUUUGAUAUAUUCUUCAACAAUCAAUCGUCCUUGAUUUUUUGAUUUUGGAUCGGAGAUGGAGAACGGUCACGACCGCAGAUUGGCUGAUAAAUUGACGGGAUUGUCGAUUAACGAUGGUGAGAAUAGAAUCAAUUCUCCAUCCUCCAUCAACAGCAACAACGAUAACUUGUUUCAGGUCAUGAAAGCCGUCGAGGCUGCCGAAGCCACCAUCAAACAACAGGUGGAGGAGAAUAACCAAUUGAGAGCCGAACUUUACAAGAGAAUUCAGGAACUGGACAAAUAUAAACUGGAUGAAUCAAUGGCCCAAAGAGUUCGUUCUGAUUAUCCGAAAGAUGAGCGUGUUCGUGGACCUUAUGAAGUUUAUCAGUCAGUUCACUCUGCAGGGAAUCAAGAAGACGGGCUUAAGAGCGUUGGCAAUACUCCAACAGUUGAUCCAUCAGGCACGCUGGUAAUCCAACAAGAUUUAAAGCCUAGUAGGGAAGAUUCUUUGAUAGAAAGUCAUGUAGGAAACAAUUCUGAAAGCAGCCAAAUGAAUGGGACAUUUAAAGCACUGACUGGUGGUCGGACGGCUGUAGAUAAUACCGGUGUAUAUCAGUUUUCUUCACCGUCUACUACAUCCUUCUCCCCUAGCAGAUACCAAAUAGAAGGAGAACUUGAGCCACGGUUUAAUUUGUCCGGACACAUGCUGAUGCCUAUGGCUGAAGUCAAUAACCAUGCCAGCCCCUGGAAGCAGGAUAUUGCUCUCAAAAUUCGGGAGCAUGAAGAGGAAAUUACACAGUUACGUAAACAGCUUGCUGACUAUUCUAUUAAGGAAGCGCAAAUACGCAAUGAGAAAUUUGUUUUGGAAAAGCGUAUUGCCUAUAUGCGUCUGGCCUUUGAUCAACAGCAACAGGACCUUGUUGAUGCUGCAUCAAAAGCUCUUUCAUAUAGACAAGACAUAAUUGAGGAAAAUAUACGCCUCACGUAUGCGUUGCAGGCUGCACAGCAAGAAAGAUCAACAUUUGUGUCUUCGUUGCUGCCUCUUCUUGCAGACUAUUCUCUACAACCACCAGUUCCUGAUGCCCAGUCAAUUGUUAGCAAUGUGAAGGUUCUAUUUAAACAUUUGCAAGAGAAGCUUAUAGUUACUGAGUCAAAGCUAAAGGACUCACAGUAUCAAUUGGCACCCUGGCGUUCAGAAGUGAAUCACUCAAAUUUUGCUCCCCAAGCACCACAAAGUCCUAUCGGUGUAGCGUUGAUGACAACAAACAAAAAUGAGCUUGAACUGGUACCCCAGCCAAUGUAUUCUCAAGGGAAGAUGCCAAUAAAUUCUGAUGGUCAGACAGCCGCAGAUUGGGAUCUAUCUGGUCACCAUCAAUAUGGUUUGGGUGGAAAUGUCGCAAAAAAUCUUGAAACGGAUGAUGUUGCGAGAUAUUCACCUCUUGCAAGCAGGAAUUCCGCGGCCCAUGAUGUACCUACACAGUUUGCUGUUACUCGCCAGGAUGGUCAUGCACAUUAUGUUGAAGAAGGCAUCAAUAAACAAGUGACCUUUCGUGACCCGAUUAGCAGUGGUGAGAUGGAUGAUCCUACUGGGGAGGGACACCAGAAAGAAAGAGAACCUUCAGGCAAUUGGGUUUCAGGAAAUCCCACUUACACAGCCACUCUUGAUGAUCCCAGCUCCUCAUAUUCUCCUUACCUCCCUCCUGUUCUUGAAGAGCCGUCGUCUUCAUUUUCUGAGGCUGCCGAUGAUGAUCCAUUACCUGCAAUAGAGGGCCUACAGAUUUCUGGAGAAGCUUUGCCGGGGCGGGAACUCCAGGCAUGCGGAUACUCUAUAAAUGGAACAACCAGUUGUAAUUUUGAGUGGGUACGGCAUUUGGAAGAUGGAUCCGUUAAUUACAUUGAGGGAGCGAAGCAACCGAACUAUCUUGUUACCGCUGACGAUGUUGAUACAUAUUUGGCUAUUGAAGUUCAGCCUCUGGAUAACAGGAAACGCAAGGGAGAGCUUGUAAAGGUCUUUGCGAAUGAACACAGGAAGAUUACUUGUGAUCCUGACAUGCAGAACGACAUAGAGAAGACCCUUUACAGUAGCCAUGCUUCAUACAAAGUGUCCUUAUUGACUGGGUACCUUGAUAUAUGGGAACCGGCUAUUUUGGCCAUUAAGAGGGAAGGUUAUAGCAUCAAGUGUAGCGGACCCAGUGGUCUUCUAGUCUCUGAAAAGUUUUCGCCAAACACAAGUGUAUCAAUCCCAUAUGGACUUGAACAUGAUAAAGAAUUUAUAAUAAUCACUUCGAGUGGCGUUGAGCAUCACCUAAGAGAAGACAACUCAGAAGAUGGUUGUGCAAGAGAUACGAUUGUUCUCACCUUGAGAUUAUUUAUCAUAAGGGCUAGUGAGAGAAGGAAAGGAAAGAAGAGGGGCUUAUUCUUUAACAAGUAACUCAUUUUUUUUCACCUUAAACUUCCUGACACCAUGUAUGGCAAAGGAGUGUCUAUAGUCUUGUAGUUGACCAAUGGCUGUUUAGUCUAUCAUAGGCAAGAAUGAGCAUUGAGUUGUAGUUGCAACUUGUAUGUUGUAUGUUGUAAUCCCUCUCUCUAGUUUGUGCGCAGGAAUGUGUAAAAUGACAAUCUAAGGAAAGAAUCUAGUAAUCUACAAACUAGGCAAACAUCGAAUAAGUUUUGCAUUUCUAGGUCGAUUAGAAUUUGAAGUUUGUAUAUCAAUUUUGUUUGUAUGUGCCAAUAUUUCGAGGGGAUAUUAUUGGCAUUGUUGGCUGGGAGUCAUGUUACCUGUUGUAUUUAUGAAAUAGUCGGUCUGCGCUUUGUGGAUUUUGUCUACUUAGUGAAUUAAGCGAGCUCAUAAAUAAUUUUGGAAGUACUGAAGUAUUA